UGAACUGAGCUAAAAAGCUUUAAUCGUAUCGUCACAACUUCAAACUCUCUCUCUCUCAUUCGAUCGGAAGAGAAGAUAUCAUUUUCUUCCAUCUCGAUGUUUUUUCGGUCUCAAUAAUCCGAGUUUGUCUGAGUGAUUGUUCUUCUGCGAGAUCUAAUGGCCCGAGCUCGAACAACGUCUAGCAAAUUGAGAUAUUGUAACCCUGCUUAUUACCUCAAGAGGCCUAAACGCUUGGCUCUGCUCUUCAUUGCUUUCGUCUGUGUCAGUUUCGUUGUUUGGGAUCGUCAGACUCUCGUUCGGGAACAUGAGAUAGAACUUGCAAAGUUAAAUGAGAACGUGGCCAACUUGGAACAUUUGCUGGAAGAGUUAAAGAUUGAAGGCAAUACCGUCAGAAAGAUACUGAAAGAUGUUCCAGAGGAUCCAAUUGAUAUUCAACGAAGAGAAAAAGUAAAAGAUGCUAUGCUUCACGCGUGGAAUUCAUAUGUCAAGUAUGCAUGGGGCCAAGAUGAACUUCAGCCUCAGUCCAAGAGUGGUGUCAAUAGCUUUGGUGGUCUUGGAGCAACACUAGUAGAUUCUCUUGAUACGUUAUAUAUCAUGGGUCUUGAGGAACAGUUUCAGAAAGCAAGAGAUUGGGUUGCAACUUCGUUGGAUUUUAACAAGAAUUACGAGGCUAGUGUCUUUGAGACAACCAUAAGAGUUGUAGGUGGUCUUCUUAGUGCGUAUGAUCUCUCAGAGGAUGAACUUUUCCUUGAUAAGGCUAAAGACAUUGCAGACAGGUUGCUGCCAGCAUGGGAUACACCAUCUGGAAUUCCUUACAACAUUAUUAACUUGGCACAUGGAAGACCACACAACCCAGGGUGGACUGGGGGUGAAAGUAUCUUGGCAGAUUCUGGCACGGAGCAGCUGGAAUUCAUUGCUCUUUCUCAAAGAACUGGAGAUCCUAAGUACCAGCAAAAGGUUGAGAAUGUUAUAACACAGAUAAAAAAAAUAUUCCCAGAUGAUGGUUUGCUUCCCAUCUAUCUUGACCCACACAGAGGUACAACAGCAUACUCCACAACAACCUUUGGGGCUAUGGGAGAUAGCUUUUAUGAAUAUUUGCUCAAAGUUUGGAUACAGGGGAAUAAAACUCCAGCUGUAAAGCGAUAUAGGGAAAUGUGGGAACAGUCAAUGAAAGGUCUGUCGAGUUUAAUUCGGAGGUCAACACCAUCAUCUUUUACAUAUAUUUGUGAGAAGAAUGGAGAUUCUUUGAAUGACAAGAUGGAUGAGUUAGCGUGCUUUGCGCCAGGAAUGCUGGCUUUGGGAUCAACCGGCUAUGGUCCAGAAGAAUCUAAAAAGAUUCUAUCACUUUCUGAAGAGCUUGCUUGGACAUGCUAUAAUUUCUACCAGUCAACACCAACAAAGUUAGCCGGAGAAAAUUAUUUCUUUCGUGCUGGGCAGGAUAUGAGUGUGGGUACAUCAUGGAACAUAUUGAGACCGGAGACGGUUGAAUCACUCUUUUACCUAUGGCGAAUAACUGGAAACAAGACAUACCAAGAAUGGGGUUGGAAUAUAUUCCAAGCAUUUGAAAAGAACUCCCGCGUAGAAUCAGGAUACGUUGGACUGAAAGAUGUCAAUUCUGGUGUGAAGGACAACAUGAUGCAGAGCUUCUUUCUCGCCGAGACCCUCAAGUAUCUCUAUCUUCUCUUCUCACCUCCUUCGGUCAUACCCUUGGAUCAAUGGGUGUUCAAUACCGAAGCCCACCCCUUAAAAAUCGUUACCCGACAUGACGAUGGUGGAGAGGACAGCGCGCAACAGAAACCAAAGAUUAAGUUACGUAGCAGGAAGGAGGGUCGGCCGUGAGUGAGCUUUACUGUUUCAGGUCGAAUCCCCUUCGAUUUCAUGAAGAGUGAAAAACGACAAUCGCUCAUGAAAUUCCAUGUUGAGCGAUUCCCUUAGGAAAUAAUGGGGGCUCGGGCUCUGCCGAUUUCGUUUCAGUAGCCGGGAAAGGUUGCAUGGAAAUCCUUUAUUCCUUAUAGUAAAAACACAUGUAUUCUACUCUUUUGUUAACUCAUCACCAUGCAUAUGUAACAUAGGUAAAUUACUCACACUCUCUCUUACUACAUUUAUUCUUUUUUCUAUUGCCUCCACUUUGGGACGGAUGGGUAUUUGUAAUUUUGGGGAAAACAUUUUUUGUUUCCUAUUUUGAUACUUACUUGUUUAUGCUUUUCUGUAAUUUUUUGUUGAGAUUUUUUACAGAUGGAAAGAGCAUGCGAACUGAAAUAAUCUACUAAGUUAUUAUUAUAUA